UCCAAUCUUUUUGACCCUCUCUCUCAACUUUGUAACUUGGACCAAAAUAUUCCAAACCAUAUAUCAUCUUCUGUUCUGUGAUUGUCUCCAAAUAAAAAACUAGAGAUUCUUCACUCACUUGGUACUACAUAAUCUUGAAGAUGAAACUUCUCUGUCUGAAGUGACUUCUCUGAUUCAAGUUUCAUAGUAUUUCAUUUCACAUUUCAACUCAAAAAAGUCACUCCAUUUUGUUCAGAAAAGACAGUUAUGGCUCAACAGGAAGAAGGGUGGCCAUUAGGAUUGAGAUUAUUGAAUUCUAGAAUUGGUGUGAUGAGAAAUGGUGAUUUUUCUGGAUCAGUUUCAUUUAGCACUUUGCUUUCUGGUUCUCCAACACAUUCAACUUAUUCUUCAUCAGAUCUUGAUACUCAGUCCACAGGAUCAUUCUUCCAUGAUAGGAGUUUAACACUCGGCAGCCUCAUUCGAAUUUCCAGCCUCCUCGAACUCUCAAGGAGAUCAAGCAGAGGAAGAGUGAUGGAUUCAUCAAAGGAAAACAAAAAGAAUCAAAGGUGCAACCCUUGGUUAUUUUCACUUUGUUCAAAGCUAAGAACUGAUGCAGUGAUUGGUAAUGAUGCUCCCUCUCUUGGUCAUUACCUUGAAGCUGAGAGAAAAGCUGCAACUACAUACAGAAGGAAUCAAUAUCCUGCAAGUUAUGGAUCAAAUGGUUUUUCUACUAUUCAAGACUCAAACUCGCUCUUUGUUGGAACCCAAGUUGGUCACCAAGAUUGAAGCAGAGAAUUGGAAUAGUAAUAGUUUUCUUUAGUUAAUUAGUGUGGAUAAUAACUCAAUAAAUGAUGAUCCCUUGUUACUCAAUUUAGUAUAUUUCAUUUGGGACGAUGGUUUUAAAUUGUGGUUGCGGUCAUGGUUGUGAUUACGUUGCGAAUCUUUAUAUUGCAGGAAAUUGUGGCCAAUGCAGUCAAAACUGUGGUUUCAAUACCGUUUCGGAAACAUUAAAAUCUUUUUAUAUAUCAGUUGCGGACUGUAAUUUAAAACCAUGUUUAGCAU